UAAUGCCUACCUUUCAUUACUUCGGAUUCUUCGGAAGAUGCUAACCUGUCUACGUUUCAUUUCCCCCCUUCCGGAGUUCAGAUGGGCGAGCGCUAAGCACUACUAAGCAGGAAUGUUCACAGGCUGCCUCAUUUGGCAUGGCUCGUCUUUUAUAAGGCUUCCAAAUCUUUGGCAGUCGUUGAUUCAAAUCCCCUCUUACCGCCGAGGCUUUGAGUCGAACAUCUGCUGAGUAUUCAGCCUCAAGUCCUCACUGGGCAUUUACGUCCAAUGGCGUUUAUCCCUCAGGAGAUCAUUGACGCGAUCAUCGAUGAGGUGCAAGACAGCUCCCCCUCCCCCUACUACCGUCACAGCAAUCUAUCCUGCUGCUCCCUUGUUUGCCGUUCUUUUCUCUACCGAUGUAGAAAGCACCUCUUUUCUUCUAUCGCCUUGACUUCCGAAGGACAUCGCUCGUGGUAUACAUUCCAUCGCGUCUUCAAACCUUCUCCCGAAAUCUUGCCUAUGAUCUUCUCCAUUGCAUUGAGUUCGGGGAAUGCGUACGACGCUGAAGAGGAGAUCCUAUACACUCUUCUCGCAGCUAUGUGCAAUCUCCGACAUGUCAAACUGUCCUCUGGGUUUCAAGGAAAUGCAGUUCUCAGUGCAUUGAGAUGUCAUGCAAAUACCAUCAUAUCACUCCGAUUCACAGAUGUCACAUUCCAGGACUCUGCGGCAUUUCUCGACUUCAUUACUGCGUUUCCUAACCUUUGCUUCCUCGCGAUUAAGGAUUUGGAUUAUCAAGAAAACAUGAAAGGAGCUCAGGGACGUCAAUGCGAGAGCUCCAGACGUCUGGAGACAUUUCACUUCCACGCGUCCAGCUACACGCGAAUGGCUUCGUUUCGGGAGCUGGUUGAUCAGGGAGAUAUUGUCGCUUCCCACUCUUUGCGCCGGUGCGGCGUUAGUUUAUGGAACCGAGACGACAUCCUGAGGGCAAAAACGAUCUUGAACGACUCACUCGAAACACUCGAUAAUCUUCAUUUAAUUUACAAUACCCAGAUAAAAUUUUGUGAUAUCCUCGAUAUCUUUGAUUUCAACCUCCUAAAUCUUCCCAGUCUUUCCAUCACGACCUUCCUACCGCCAAACUUUCGAUACACGGAUAUGGAUGAAUUCGAGCAGGGGAUCGGGAGAUGCGUCCUCGACGAGCAACUCUCUCUCGAGGAGCUCACCUUGCGCCUUUAUCCAAAGGAAAACUCCAUGACCUUCGCCACUCAUAGCCUAUGGAAGGUGUUGGAUGAAUCUCUUUCAAGUCCCCUUUUUCCGCGAUUCCGUCAUCUGAAGAUAGAGUUAAUCUAUUCUUACCCAAGUGGGUUUACGAGCGACGGGAUGACACAGACUAUCGGGAAACAGUUUACGGCGUUGAAUGAGAGAGGCGAUGUCCAGGUUAAUUGCCGCUGCUCUUACGGCGACUUCGAUGAUAGUCUGUUUCGCGGUCUAGUAUUAUGAAUAUCGACAUUAUUUUUGGACCUGGAACCAGAUUAAGGCUGCACUAUGUUUGGGUUUGUAUUUGACGCACAUCAUGUUGGUAUCUGCGCAACAACGGGAGAACGGGUCUUGACACUAAUUGAGAAACCAGAAUGCUAAAUAUCCGAGACUGGGAUAUGAUGCGUGCUGAUGCUGGCAUCCAGGCGGCGUAGGUUGAACUCAAUUUACAUAUUUUAAUAGGGUCUUUUCUUGGAUAAUUGUUGGUAGUUACUACACAUGUGGAAGCGCAAACUUUGGUGCCACGAC